CCGCUGAAUUAUAACGGAAGUAAGUACGUGGCCGCUUAGGCUGACAUUCUGCAUGAUGGCGACAGAGGUUCAGAGCGGCGACCUCAACAAUGGCAAUUCUAGCCGGCUCGAAGUCUCCAUCGACGGCCUUACACUUAGCCCCGACUCCGAAAGUGAACCGGGAAGGGUCGGGGAAUCGGAUUCCGUUCCUACCGGGCCCGAGGCGGCGGAGCCUGGUUCUGCCGAAGCCGAGGAUGGGGAAGACGGCGCGACAGACAAAUAUACCAUGGAGAAGAAAUGGGGGUUUGAUUUACUGGAGCUUUACGGAAUGGCCUUGAAAUUCUUUAAAGAUAAAGAUGGCAAGGCCUUCCACCCCACGUACGAGGAGAAGCUACGGCUAGUGGCUCUACACAAGCAGGUGUUACUGGGCCCUUACAACGCAGACGCCUCCCCCGAAGUGGGCUUCUUUGAUGUGCUGGGCAACGACCGCAGGAGGGAGUGGGCCGCUUUGGGCAGCAUGGAGAAGGAGGAGGCCAUGGUGGGGUUCGUCAAGCUGCUCAACAAGUGCUGCACCCUGUUCGCGCCCUACGUCACCUCGCACAAGAUCGAGAAGGAGGAGCAGGAGAGGAAACGGAGAGAGGAGGAGGAGCGUCUCAGACUGGAGGAGGAAGAGAGGGAGCGACAGAGGCAGGAGGAGGAGCGGCGGCAACGCGAGGAGGAGGAGAGGCUGCGGAGGGAGGAGGAGGAGCGAAGACAGGCGGAGGAGGAGAGGCUACGCAUCGAGCAGCAGAAGCAGCAGAUCAUGGCGGCGCUGAACGCCCAGACGGCGGUGCAGUUCCAGCAGUACGCGGCGCAGCAGUACCCCAGCAGCGCCGAGCAGCAGCUGGGACUCAUCCGGCAGCUCCAGGAGCAGCACUACCAGCAGUACAUGCAGCAGCUCUACCAGGUCCAGCUGGCCCAGCAGCAGGCGGCCCUACAGAAGCAUGCGGAGGACGGUGUGGUGCAGGCCACCCUGGACGCCAACAGCUGUGGCGGAGGCGGCGGGGAUCACGCUCUGAUCAGUGCGGCCUCGCCUCUCUGCGCCACGCUGCCCUCUAGUGGUGACGAGGGCCCCAUGGUGAACGGAGGCCAGUCGGACUCGUACUCGGAGAGCAUGGAGCGGGAGCCCGAGGCCGAGGCAGCGGAGGAGGUCUCAGAGAACGGACCCUUACUAGUGAUCGCCGACUCGGCGCCGGUGAUCGCGGCGCCGUCCAUGUGGACGCGGCCGCAGAUCAAGGACUUCAAGGAGAAGAUCCGGCAGGACGCGGACAGCGUGAUCACGGUGGGCCGCGGCGAGGUGGUGACGGUGCGCGUGCCCACGCACGAGGAGGGCUCCUACCUCUUCUGGGAGUUCGCCACCGACUACUACGACAUCGGCUUCGGGGUGUUCUUCGAGUGGACGGACGCCGCCUCCGCCUCGGUCAGCGUGCACGUGUCGGAGUCGAGCGACGAGGACGAGGAUGAGGAAGGUGAGCCCUCUGGUGAGGAGGAGAAGGCCAAGAAGGAGGCGGGGAAGCCCCAGACGGACGAGAUAGUGCCGGUGUACCGGCGGGACUGCCACGAGGAGGUGUACGCCGGGAGCCACCAGUACCCGGGCCGCGGCGUCUACCUGCUCAAAUUCGACAACUCUUAUUCCCUGUGGCGCUCCAAGAGUGUCUACUACAGAGUCUACUACACCAGAUAAGCCUGAGAAGAGACAGAAUGG